AUGUGCUCAUCCGCGGAAUGGGCGCGGGGCUGCCCACCCCGCACCCCGCGGCCGCCGCUUCCCGCGGUACCCGAGCCCACAGGCUGGGGCCGGGGCGGGGAGAGGGCGGGGCCGGGGCGGGCCUUGCACAAUCCCCCCACCCCCGCCACCCGCUGGAACCGGGCCGCGCAGCUACCUGGACCGAGAGGCCGGGGCCGGAGCCGCCCGCCGCCGCCGCCCGCUGACCCGGUAGCCGAACCCCAAGCGCUGCCGGGGGGCCGCCCGCUCGGCUCCCCGCGCCCAGACUCCGGCCCGCUGCCUCCGGCCUCCGUUUCCCCUCGGCCGCGCGGCGCCGAGCGGGAGCUGUCGGGGGUCCGGCCCGCGCCGCGCUCACUUCCCGGCUCCUUCCUCCCGGUCCCGGCCCCACUCACCGGCGGGCGAGGGCGCGCUCGGGCAGGGCGCUGCGCGGCGGGAGUCGGCGGCGUCUGUCCCGGGCCGCCCCGCCCGGCCCCGGCCCCGCCCACCCUGGCUGGGAGCCCCGGCCCGGCCGCCCGCCCCCGCGCGCCAGGGGGAGCCCUUUCCCCUCCCGGCGCCUGCGAGGCGCUGCCUGCCCGCCCCUCUCCGGCUGACCACGGCCGCGGCCCACACCCAGCCAGCAGCGGGUCCGGCGGCGCCACGUCCCAGCGGUGCGUCCGCGGGCUGCUCGCCCCUCCUCCGAGCCUCACUUUUCCCUUCUGCAAAAUGGGGCGCCAGAGGCCGAGGUUCAGGGAAAUGAAUCACCCCGCCCGAUGGCAAAGCCCUGGACGCCCUCCUGCAAGCAGCUGUGCCCUUCCAUCUCGAAACAAGCGCCCCAGUUCCUUUGGGUGCUGGUCCAGGGCGCGCAGGCAGCACCGUCGUGAGUCCCAGUUCUGGCUGGGCCACUCUUCAAUUGGUUCUCGCGGCCUCCUUUUCCUCAUCUGUAAAAUGGGCACAGCGUCGUGGCGCGAGGCACACGCAGGCGCUUGGUGCCCAGUGAGUGGAGGCUGCGAUUGCCACCACCUCCCCGGUCUGGAGAGCGGCUUUAAUCUUUAG